AUGGAGGGCAUGUUCUACAAUGUCAAUGGCGGCUUUGUCGAGGGCAUUGUCAGAGGCUACCGCAACACUCUACUCACUGCGCAGAACUACUCGAACCUGACCCAGUGCGAAUCUAUCGAUGAUGUGAAGCUACAGCUUGGUCCUGCCUACGGUGAUACCCUCGCCGCCCUUCCUCCUAACCCGUCAACCUCAUCAUUAGCCAACAAGACGACAGAGAAGCUUGUUGCAGAUUUUCGAUACCUACAGGCGCAAGCGACGGGAUCAUUGGCCAAGUUUAUGGAAUACCUAACCUACGGAUACAUGAUCGACAACGUCGCUCUCCUCAUCACUGGCACACUACACGAAAGAGACACGAGAGAACUGCUAGAACGGUGUCAUCCACUUGGCUGGUUCGAAACACUGCCCGUACUCUGCGUCGCAACCAACAUCGAAGAAUUAUAUAACUCCGUCCUCAUUGAAACACCAUUAGCACCCUACUUCAAAGGUAGUCUAAGCCAUCAAGAUCUGGACGAACUCAACAUCGAAAUCGUGCGGAAUACUUUAUACAAAAACUACCUGGAAGACUUCUAUCAUUUCGUCAACAACCACCCUGACAUGCGCGGCACACCGACCGCCGAAGUGAUGUCGGGGGUCCUAGAAUUCGAAGCCGACCGAAGAGCCAUCAACAUCACCAUCAACUCGUUCGGAACCGAACUAUCCAAGUCCGAGCGACAAAAGCUGUAUCCGCAGUUCGGCAAGCUCUACCCCGAGGGCUCACUGAUGCUCUCACGCGCCGACGAUAUUGAAAGUGUAGGGCUGGCAGUUAGUGGCGUGGGGGAUUACAAGAGCUUCUUCGACCAGAUGAAUCAGAGCGGAGGGGUCGGCGCCGGCAACAUGGCGGGAGGCAGUGCAAACGAAGGCAAGAGCCUCGAAGACUUGUUCUACCAGAAGGAAAUGGAGCUGUCGAAGCUGGUCUUUACCCACCAGUUCACCCAUGCUGUCAUAUACGCAUGGGUCAAGCUGAGAGAACAGGAAAUACGCAACAUCACAUGGAUCGCGGAAUGCAUUGCCCAGAACCAGAAGGAUAGAAUAGGGAACUAUAUCACAGUCUUUUGA